CUCGCCCCACCCGCGCGAUGGGCUCCGAGGCGGCGCAGCUGCUGGAAGCUGCGGACUUCGCGGCUCACAAGCACCGACGGCAGCGACGGAAGGACCCCGAAGGGACCCCCUACAUCAACCACCCUAUCGGUGUGGCUCGGAUCCUGACCCACGAGGCGGGAAUCACUGACAUUGUGGUGUUACAGGCAGCCCUGCUCCAUGACACGGUGGAGGACACAGACACCACCCUGGAUGAGGUGGAGCUGCACUUCGGGGCCCAGGUGCGGCGUCUGGUGGAGGAGGUAACAGAUGACAAGACCCUGCCCAAGCUGGAGAGAAAGAGGCUGCAGGUGGAGCACGCUCCCCACAGCAGCCCAGGGGCUAAACUGGUGAAGCUGGCGGACAAGCUGUAUAAUCUGAGGGACCUGAAUCGCUGCACCCCAGAGGGGCAGAAAUACUAUAGCUGGGCCAAAGGGAAGUUUGGGGAACAAAUCGUACCAUCGAGAAGCCGUCUCGUGGCCCUGCACCAAGGCCUCCAGGAAGUUGGCAGAAUCCAGUGCUGCCCUGGACCUUUCACGAGCAGUUGUCUGUCCAUUCACAUGCAGGAUGGUCUGAACAUCGAGUCCAGGAAUACUUCGAGUGGGCGGCGCAGGUGGUGAAGGGGCUUCAGGGAACAAACCGGCAGCUGGAAGAUGCUCUAAAGCAGCUGUUUAAGGAGCGGGGGUUGACACUCUGAGCAGUGCAUGGAGCCAUCCGGUCGCACAGACUCCAGCCUUGUCCAGGCCAGAGGGGAGUCAUACUCCAGCCUUUGGGCACCUCUCGGGCUCCCUGCAUGGUUCCCUCAGGCCAGCAGCCAAAAACAUUUGCGUUUUCUCACUUGGAAGGUCUCCUGCCAACAAAGCUGAGCCUGGACUUUGAGUCGCACCCCAUUCAUUUCUCCUUGUAUUCCCUGCCCUUCGGGCCUUGGAUCUGUUUGCCAUUUUGCGAGGUGGGAUCUUGGUCCUUUAGAUGCUUGGGCUUAUAUAAACACGAGUUCUUAGUAUUAUGGAAAAUAAAGCAUUUUGGGUAGAGUUUAAGUUGCUUCUCUAGACUCUGGAGUGGGGAACUGGUACGUGGGAUGCCUGCCUUGCACCCUGAAACAGAUCCCUCGGGUUGAGGGUCUCAACCUCUCUGAGCCUGGAAGGUUGGACCAUUCUCAGGGUCACCUUAGGCGAUACGCCCGACGGAGCCUGACACAGGGGUUCACAA